AUGUCUGCCCUCAGAACAUCCCUCGUAAGAUCUGCUCGCUCCCUCCCUUCUUCCAGUCGAGUGGUUGCUUUCCCUCGACAGGCGGCUCUUCAGCAGCUCCGGCCGAGGGAGGCCAUCUUUCGACGAUGGAACUCUUCUGCCAACCACAACCCUGCUAUUGAAGCGCCCCUUCCAGGAAGCAGGCCUCAGAAGAUUGCUCAAAUAGAACCAAGACUACAGAUGACCUUCACUUGCACGGCGGAUGGAUGUGGACAUAGGUCGACCCAUGAAUUUGCAAAGAGAAGUUACGAAAAAGGAAUCGUCCUUGUACAGUGCCCGGAGUGUAAGAACAGGCAUCUGAUAGCGGAUCAUUUGGGAUGGUUUAAAGAGAGCCUUGAAGAUGGCAAGCUCAAGACCGUAGAAGAUCUUUUGCGAGCAAAGGGUGAAAAGGUCAAGAAGGGCAGAGUCAACUUUGACGGGGAUAUCGAAAUUGAUGGAGAGUGA